UGCCUUUAAAUGUGCACUUCUUCCUUUUUCUCUCCAAGGCCAGUGUCUUAAGUUGAUUGAUGGGGUGCAAGAUGUGUGAGAAGGUAAAGGUGACCUACAAGAGAGGAUUGUGGUCUCCUGACGAGGACCAAAAGCUGAAGGACUACAUCCUCAAGCACGGCCAUGGCUGCUGGACCUCUGUAGCACUCAGAGCUGGCUUGCAUAGGAAUGGAAAGAGCUGCAGAUUGAGGUGGAUGAAUUACCUGAGGCCAGGACUCAAACGCUGUGCUUUCACAGAUGAAGAGGAAUCGACUGUUAUGAAACUGCAUGCCAUUUGGGGCAACAAGUGGUCUCAGAUAGCAAUGCAUCUACCAGGAAGAACUGAUAAUGAAGUGAAGAACCACUGGCACACCAACCUCAAGAAGAAACUCCGGAAAGUCGAAAAUCAGAAAUCUGAACAAGUAUCGAAUGAGCACGACAGCCGAAACUCUGUUUCAGAAUCCUUGCUCUCUCAAGAAUCAACCCUCACAAAUUCUUGCCAUUCCAUGAUAGAGCAUGCCAACCAUCAGCCUCGUGCCUACAAACUUCUUUUUGCAGAUUGGAUACCAAUGUUCAGUGGCAAUGGCUCAUUGAAUUUGGACGGUGGAGCGAUGAGUCGAUCCACCUCUAACUCUGAAGUCUUGAGUCCCGAGCUUUCUCAGCUUGACAUGGCUGAUAGCAUCAUAGAUUGGAAAGACUCGAUCAUCCCUGGAGGACUACAGCCUGUGGAGCAAAUUCCAGAUGUCAAUUUCCAUGAUUUGUUUGACAUGCUUUGGUAUUGAGCUGAAUCAUGCACUGUUCUUUAAUCUCCAGAGAAAAGAUACAAAUCUGUGUCCAAGUAAAUGUCCA